UCAUUUCAGAAGCUCAGAAUUGAUAGGAGAAAAUACCAGUCAAUGACUGACUGAAAAUCCUGUGAAUCCAUUUCCAAUUUCUGUCCUCAAGACCACCAGCUUGUCAGAAGUGACAGAAAAUCACAUUGGAUGCAUGUGAGUGACCGGAGUUCAACUUGGGGAUGUGCGCACGAUGACGGACAGCAAGGACUUAGAAGCCGAAAUCCACCCCCUGAAGAAUGAAGACAGGAAACUGCAGGAGGAUCUGGAGAAGCGAGCGAAGAAGGCAGACGUCCUGACCAGCAGGCCGCCGUGGUCCCGCCUCUCCCGCUGCCGGGCAGUGGCGUUCUUCCUCUCGCUGUUUCUCUGCCUCCUGGUGGUGUUUGUGGUUUCCUUCAUCAUCCCGUGUCCCGACCGGCCAGCGUCCCAGGGCAUGUGGAGCGUCCAUUACAACACGGCAGUCACGUACGACUUUCUGGCUACAGAAGACGUAAACAGGGACAGGAUCCAAGAUGUUCUCUUUCUUUAUAAAAAUACCAACAGCAGCAACAAUUUCAACCGAUCCUGUGCUGACGAAGGCUUUUCCUCUCCCUGCACCGUUGUGGCUGCUGUGUCAGGGGCCAACGGCAGUGUGCUCUGGGAGAGGCCCGCAGCCCAGGACGGGGCUCUCGUGGAGUGCGCCAUCCCCCAGCCAAGGGACAGCGGGGCAUCUUCUGCCUGCAUCUUCGUGGGCAGACCCGGUUCUCUCGUCGCAGUCGACUCAUUCACAGGCGAAACGCUGUGGAGCCAUCCCAGCAGUUUGGGAGGGAAUGCUUCCAUCCUGAGCCCUCUGCUCCGGGUGCCUGACGUCGAUGCUGACGGUGUCCCAGACUUGCUGGUCCUCACCCAGGAGAGAGGGGAGGUUAAUGGCUACAUCUAUUCAGGCAGCACUGGGCACCAGAUCGGCCACCGAGGCAGCCUCGGUGUGGACGGGACCAGCGGCUCCCUGCUCCACGUCACCAGGGCAGGUGCCCACUACGUCCUUCUCCCCUGCGCAAGUUCCCUCUGUGGCUGCUCUGUGAAGGGCCUCUACGAGAAGGUGACCGGGAGAGACAGCCCACUUAAGACAGACCCCCUCUGGGAGGACAGGCUCAAUGCCACCGCCCACAGGCUGCUUUUGCACAGCUCGGGAGCCCUCCGCUACCUGAUGAAGGUCCCGGGGAAGGCGGGCGAGGACCUCCUCCUGGUGAGUUCAGAGGCCUGUGAGCUGCUGGACGGGCAGGACCUGGCCCCCAGGUGGACGCUCAGCGCAGCCCUGGUCCUGAGAAAACCCACCCUCGGCCACUACAAGCCUGACACCUUGGCCGUGGUCAUUGAAAAUGGAACCGGCAUUGACAGACAGAUCCUGCUCCUGGAACUCAGCACCGGGGCCAUCCUGUGGAGCCAAGCCCUCCCAGGCCUCCCUGGGGACCCACAGUCCGCCAGCCUGCCCACUGCAGACCACCGCUCGGCCUUCUUCUUCUGGGGCCUCCAUGAGCUGACUGGCACCAACCAGAUGAUGCCCAGGGAUGCCCAGCACAGCUUGUACAUGUUCCACCCCACCCUGCCCAGCAUCCUGCUGGAGCUGGCCAAUGUCUCCGCCAACAUCGUCACCUUCCACGUGGCCCUGUUUGAGCCCAGCCGCCAUGCUGCCUGCCUCCUGCUGAUGGGCCCGGCCAGCCCGGACGCCCCCGGCCUGGUGUCUGUGGCCAAGCACAAUGUGCGAGACCUCAUCCCAAGCAGCAGGGUGGUCCGCCUGGCCGAGGGCGGGCCCGACAGUGACCAGGCCGUCAGGGACCGGUUCUCCCGCCUGCGGUACCGGAGCGAGGCCUAGCCCACAGAGCACGCAGGAGAGCCUCCAGCUGCUGGAGCUAAACGCCCCAGGACGUCGGCCCUUCCUGCACUGUCUGCACGCCCACUCGCCCACUCCUGACCCCGGCGAUGCCUCCACUGGGCCCUCGUCAUACCAGGGCCGAGCAUGGUGCGGGGACACCAGGCCUCUCCCCUCUCCUGCCUAGCACGCAUGAGAACAUGGGGCCUCCGUCUGUGCUCCACUGGGCUCAUGCUCAAGGCCAGCUGCCUUCACGGUGGUGUCCCCGGGCCACCUUGGGCCAAGCUCGGCCAUGCAGCACCCCACCUCCCUCAUCUACUGGCCGGAGAGGCCCCUGCUGUGCGAGAGCCCAGGUUCCAUCCUGCAGAGAUCUCCGGUCCCCUCAUCUGAGCUGUUCCUUCUCUGCGCUGUCCCCUGGGGUCACAGAGCUCAGAGGGUGGAGGGCCCUGGGGUGGCAAUUCCCUCCCCCGGCCUUUCGCACUGCCAGGAGGGGAAGACUCCAGCGUGGCUGCUGGUGACUUGCCCUCAAGAGUCCUGACAGCCUGCGGGCAGUGGGGCUCGGGAGGACAGGGCAGUGGGGCUUGUGAGGCCGCCGGCUGGUCAUGGAUGCCCCCAUGAGGGUUUGCACCCCCAAUCUGGCUCCCUGUGCUGUGAAUGUCCCGAGGAGGACGCACCCCCCGAUACACACUGGAGCUGCUUGUCUCUUGGGGCCCCUGCACCCCUGGGCGUGGCCAGCACCUCUCCUCCUCCCUGGUGCUCGGAUGCCCUGGCUGUCAGUGUCACCCGAUGCAGGACUCACCUCUGUGCCUUGUGGCGCCCCAGGCCCGCCCCGCCAUGGUGCUCUGUGCGGUCAGCCAUGCCCGGACGAAAAAAGCAGCCUGACGACCUGGGCACCGUGGGAAGAAACCAGAAUAAAGGUUUUUGCACUGUCUGAAAAA